AGACAGGCAGACACACACACACACACAGAGGCGCGCACACACCAAACCCGAAACCAAGGACAACCCCAAAAAGGACUCACUCUGCCUCGAUGACUCAACGCAACUAAUAACCGUUUCUCCGCUCUCUGUGGCGAGUCCCUCCUGCCGCUGCUGUCGCUGGCAGAGGAGGGAGCGAUUGAAAGUGACACACCGGGGGCCGCCGCCGCUUCCCCGCGCCGCCAGGCACCCGCCGCGGAGCCCGGGAGAGCGGCGCUCCCUCCUCUUCUCCUCCCCCCGGCUCCCCGGUAUUGAUUUUCUCCGCGGAAGGUGUGAGAAGUCGGCUCCCUCUCCCCUCCGCGCCGCAGCCGGCGGACCCGCGGCUCCCGCCCCCUCGCUCCGACCUCCCCGCUCCGCUCCGCUCGCUACCCGGGACCCUCUGGGAAGGGGCUUCGGCCCCUGCCGCCCCACGCAACGUGGGCAGCCGCCCCGGCACCCCCGGAGGAGGGCAAGGAGGAGGCUGGGGGUGGGGGGAAGGAGUAGAAGGGAAGAAAGCGGCGUGAGAGGAGGAAACAAGAAAACUUUCCACCCUGGAUUCUCUACUUCUGAUCCAUGGACAGAGCCCAACUCAGCCAACUUACAGACAGGCUAUAAGCAGUCCCUGCUCCUUCUACUGCGACCUGCCAGCGGGAGCCGUGUCUCCGAGCAUGGAGAGGAGGAGUGAGAGCCCCUGCCUGCGGGACAGCCCCGACAGAGGCAGCGGCAGCCCCGAUGUCAAAGGGCCCCCCCCCGGGAAGGUGGCCAGGCUGGAGCAGAACGGCAGCCCCAUGGGCACCCGUGGGAGGCCCAACGGCGCCGUCACCAAGCCCGUGGGAGGUUUGAUGAUUCCGGUGUUUUGCGUGGUGGAGCAGUCGGACGCCUCUCUUGAGUACGACAGCCGGGAGGAGCACGCUGAGUUCGUUCUGGUUCGCAAAGAUGUGCUCUUUAGCCAGCUGGUGGAGACAGCGCUCCUGGCUCUGGGGUAUUCCCACAGCUCUGCGGCUCAGGCACAAGGAAUAAUCAAGCUUGGGAGGUGGAAUCCCCUCCCUCUCAGUUAUGUGACUGAUGCACCAGAUGCGACAGUAGCCGACAUGCUACAAGAUGUCUAUCAUGUUGUGACAUUGAAAAUCCAAUUACAAAGCUGUUCCAAGUUGGAAGACUUGCCAGCGGAGCAGUGGAACCAUGCCACAGUUCGCAAUGCCUUAAAGGAGCUGCUCAAAGAGAUGAAUCAGAGCACGCUAGCCAAAGAAUGCCCUCUCUCACAGAGCAUGAUUUCAUCCAUUGUAAAUAGCACAUACUAUGCCAAUGUGUCAGCAACCAAGUGCCAGGAGUUUGGGAGAUGGUACAAAAAGUACAAGAAGAUUAAAGUGGAAAGAGUGGAAAGAGAAAACCUUUCAGACUAUUGUGUUCUCGGUCAACGUCCCAUGCACUUACCAAAUAUCAACCAGCUGGCAACCUUGGGAAAAACUAACGAGCAGUCUCCUCAUGGCCAAAUUCACCACAGUACUCCAAUCCGAAACCAAGUGCCAACGAUGCAGACAAUGAUAAACCCUGGGCUCCUGUCUCCGCAGCUCAGCCCGCAGCUGGUGAGGCAGCAAAUAGCCAUGGCCCAUCUCAUAAACCAGCAGAUCGCCGUCAGCCGGCUCUUGGCCCACCAGCACCCGCAGGCCAUCAACCAGCAGUUCUUGAAUCACCCACCCAUCCCCAGAGCUGUCAAACCAGAGCCGGCCAAUUCCUCGGUGGAAGUCUCUCCAGACAUUUACCAGCAAGUCAGAGACGAGCUGAAGAGGGCCAGUGUGUCUCAAGCUGUGUUUGCAAGAGUAGCGUUCAACCGCACACAGGGCUUGUUGUCAGAGAUCCUGCGUAAAGAAGAAGACCCUCGGACAGCUUCCCAGUCCCUGCUGGUAAACUUGCGGGCGAUGCAGAAUUUCCUCAACUUGCCCGACUCGGAGCGGGAUCGGAUCUAUCAGGACGAGAGAGAGAGAAGCAUGAACCCCAACGUGAGCAUGGUGUCCUCGGCCGCCAGCAGCCCCAGCUCCUCCAGAACCCCCCAGGCCAAAACCUCGACACCGACAACAGACCUCCCCAUUAAGGCGGACGGCGCCAACGUCAACAUCACAGCUGCCAUUUACGACGAGAUCCAACAGGAGAUGAAACGGGCCAAGGUAUCGCAGGCUCUGUUUGCCAAGGUGGCUGCCAAUAAAAGUCAGGGCUGGCUGUGCGAACUCCUUCGCUGGAAAGAAAACCCAAGUCCGGAAAACCGCACGCUCUGGGAGAACCUCUGCACCAUCCGCCGCUUCCUGAACCUUCCCCAGCACGAGAGGGACGUGAUCUACGAGGAGGAGUCCAGACAUCACCACAGCGAGCGCAUGCAGCACGUCGUCCAGCUCACUCCCGAGCCCGUGCAGGUGCUGCACCGACAGCAGUCCCAGCCUGCCAAGGAGAACUCCCCACCCAGAGAAGAGGCCCCUCCGCCACCCGCCGAGGACAGUUGUGCCAAAAAGCCACGGUCCCGUACCAAGAUCUCCUUGGAAGCCCUCGGCAUCCUCCAGAGCUUUAUCCACGACGUGGGGCUCUACCCCGACCAGGAAGCCAUCCACACCCUCUCCGCUCAGCUGGAUCUCCCCAAACACACCAUCAUCAAGUUCUUCCAGAACCAACGGUACCACGUGAAGCACCACGGGAAGCUAAAAGAGCACUUGGGAACGGUGGUUGACGUGGCAGAGUACAAGGAUGAGGAGCUGCUGACCGAGUCGGAGGAGAACGACAGCGAGGAGGGCUCCGAGGAGAUGUACAAAGUGGAACCCGAGGAGGAGAACCCCGAGAAGAGCAAGGCGGCCCCGGCGGACAUCGACCAGAGAUAAUGCGAGAUGGGAGCGCAGGAAGCAAUACAACCGAUCCAAGGAUCUUCUGGGUUUAUUUUUAACUUUCUUUUCCCUGUUUUUACCCCUUGUUUGUUUGUUUCCGUCGCGCAUGGUCCGUGUGCAAACCGAAUGAGUUCAGCGUUGCCCAAUCAGAUGCCGCCUUGACACGGACACCCGAGCGUUACACGUCCUCCGUUUGACUGAAGUAAUCGUCGUGAUCACGUAGGAUUCUGCCUUCAUUAAUCUUGCACGUAUGAAAGGGACAUCCAGCAAGUAAGUGGGAAGAAAAGGUCCUAUGAAAUCAAUGAAGGAAGAUUUACAAUUUUGUGUGUGUGUAUAUAUAUAUAUAUUUGCAUAAAAUAUAUAUAUAUUAAAAUUGCAUGGGACGGAACUUUACAACCUGAAAGUAUAGACUGUGAAAUGAGUUCUUUAAAGAUGAGACUUGUUUAUGUAUUAAAACCACUUCACAAUGAGUUGCUUUGGCUUUUUGAUAAACUGCCGCCUGCUCUCGGGGUGUGGUGACUAUUUUUGAAUUCCUAUUUAUUUUCUAUGUUUAUCCCUGAUUUUUUUUUUUUUUUUUAAUUAUUAUAUGGCUUCCUAUCUGGCAACUUGAUGGGUAAUUUUUGAGGUAUGUAUUUAAAGACAUAAAUCAACACUGCCAAAUAAAGAAAAGAGGAAAGAAAAGGAAAAAAAA